AUGGCCGGGCCGCGGCUCGAGCCAGAUCCGGCUGCCAAGGAGUCCCUGUCACCUCCAGAGAGCAGGAUGCAGCUGGAGAUGCUCGAGGUUGAAACUCUGACGGCGAAGCUCCUGGAGCAGGCACAGGAGAUCGGCCGGCUGCGCUCGGAGCUGGAGAACGCUGGGCUGCAGGAGCGGCUGUCCCAGCUGCAGCGGGAGGCAGAGGAGACGCGGGUCAAGCUGGCAGAGCUGGACUUGGAGGUGCAGCAGAAGACGAACCGCUUGGCCGAGGUGGAGCUGCGGCUCAAGGACUCCCUGGCCGAGAGAGCCGAGGAAGAGGAGCGGCUCAGCCGGCGGCUGCGGGACAGCCAGGAGACCAUUGCCAGCCUCAAGUCCCAGCCCCAGCAGAUAAAGUACAUCAUCAAGACGGUGGAGGUGGAGUCGGCCAAGGCAAAGCAAGCCCUGUGCGAGAGCCAGUCCCGAAACCAGUACCUGCAGGAGCAGGUGGGGAUGCAGAGGCAGGUGCUGAAGGAGAUGGAGCAGCAGCUGCAGAGCUCCCAAAAGACGGCAGCUCAGCUCCGAGCUCAGCAAGGGAACAUCCGUGUUUUCGGGCGAGUCCGCCCCCUCACAAAGGAGGACGGCGAGGGCCCGGAGGCAGCCAAUGCGGUGACCUUUGACGCCGAUGAUGACGCUGUCCUGCACCUCCUGCACAAGGGGAAGCAGGUGUCCUUCGAGCUGGAUAAGGUCUUCCCCCCGCAAGCGUCCCAGGAGGAGGUGUUUCAGGAGGUUCAAGCCCUGGUCACCUCCUGCAUCGACGGCUACAACGUCUGCAUCUUUGCCUACGGGCAGACGGGGGCGGGAAAAACCUACACGAUGGAGGUGAAUUUGCCUGGCUUUGCUCUUCUUCCUCGGCUUCCCAUCCCAUGCCGGCCCCGCGAGGCGCAGCACAUCAACAAGUCCCUCUCGGCGCUGGGCGACGUCAUUUACGCCCUGCGCUCCCGGCAGGGCCACGUGCCCUUCCGCAACUCCAAGCUGACCUACCUGCUGCAAGACUCGCUCAGCGGCGACAGCAAGACCCUCAUGAUGGUGCAGGUCUCCCCCGCCGAGAAAAACACCAGCGAGACGCUGUGCUCCCUGAAGUUUGCUGAGAGGGUUCGCUCCGUGGAGCUGGGUCCCAUCUCCCGCAAGGCUGAGCUGGCCUCCUGGCCCAGCCAAGAGCAGCUGGAGGGUGACUCGCCGGGGACUGCAGCACCCUCUGGCCGGGGCCACCCGUCCUCCAGCCCGGGGCAGCUCUCUGGCCGCGCCACCUCCAUCCGCAGGAAGCUCCAGACCUCAGGGAAGCUGAGGCCAGUCCCUGUGUGACGAGUGCCAGAGCCGGCACCAAACUCGCUGCAGGACCCAGCCCCUCACGGUGCUACGGAGAGCCGGCUGCUGGAAGACACGAAGGCUUCGGUGCCGUUCCCUCACCCACCAGGACCUAUGACCAGACGGUGACGGCACCUCUCACCAUGAGCACCAUGGGGCCAGGGUCUCCCAGCAGCCGGACCCCCAUCUCAGGGUGGGGGACAGCAGUGCUGGGCAAGGAUCUGCCCCCUCGGAGGCUCAGCUCUGUGACUUUUUAUUUUUGCUGGACGGAUGUUUUUGGCCAGAGUGGGGAGCUGCUGGGUACUCCCUCCAUCUCUCCAGCUUCGUUUUUACAACAGUAGAGGUAUCUGGCUGGAGGGGGGGCUUGGAGCCAGGCGAGCCCCCGGACACGUCUCUGCUACCCCCACAGGACCAGUCUGGCCACGGCUGCCCCAAGAUUGUGUCCAGGCAGCUGCCCGCUGUCUUCCGGAGCAGCGCUUCCCCCAUUUUAAGCCAGAAAAAAUCCCAGCAGCUCCUUUCCCCGUAGGUUUCUCAAGCCCUGUUGUUGCAUGAAGGCACCCCGGUGCCGUGCAUGAGCCGAGCUGCCGUUCAUCGUGGUGCUGGUGCUGCCAGGGCCCCGCGCCAGCCGCCCUGGCACAGAGGGAGAGCGGUUGCGGAGAUGCCCGUGUUACACAGCACCAGGGUGGAUUUAGCAGUCUCAAAUGAAGCUAUUGUAAAGUCAUUUACCAGUUGUCUUGUCAAGAGAGAUCACACUGUGGUCGAGAUGAAAGUGUUUGAAAUAGUUAUACCCUGUUUACAUGGUCUUGGAAUGGAAAACAAGUGGGGGAAAAAAAAAAAAAACAACCCCAAACCUCCAGCCCAAAAGCCCGUUGGCUUAUGUGUCAGGAUGGCGGCUGGCAGGGGGCUCAGAGGAGACAGCACUACCCCCUGCACCCCUGAGCACCCACCUGUGGGUACGCUUCCUCCUGCUGCAAAUAACCGACUGGAUGCACUGAUGGCUCCUUCCCACCGCAGCCCUCUCCUCUCACUCUUCCACAGCAUAUUCUAUUUAAAAAAAAAAAAAGGGAAAAAUAAGUUUAACCUUUUGUAAGAUUAGAUGUUUCUAUGUAUUUUAAUAAUUAAAAAAAAAAUCCUGUUUUGUAACAA